CCGACCUGUCUACAUUUACAAACAAGCAAAAUGGCCACAACACAGGCCCCAGAACAGUCCCAAAUGGACUCCAUGCCGCAGCUCAAACCACAGGAGAUUUCAUUCCCGCUGCCUAAGGCACUCCACACCACCGCGCACAUCCAUCUCACCUUCUUGGAGACCUGCGCGAUGGUCUUCCUCUCCACGACAACCCCAGGAGACUCGGCUGGCUCCGUAGCCUCAAUGGGUAGUUUCGUGUAUGCGAUGCCAGAUCGCACCAAUCCCCGCGCGGCGAUUUCCACCACUAUCUACACCGCGACCUCGGUCGAGUAUACGACGCGGAUCGCUAAGAUCCUGGCUCGUCGUAUGGGGGUUCCGGUGUAUGUGGGGUGUAGCAUUGAUGCCACCGCGCUCGAGUUGACGGUUGAGGAGGAGAUGGAGGGGUUGGUGAAGAUUGUAGAGACGGUUAUGGAGAGAUGGGGAAAGCGGUAGCAGUUAACAAGAUAGUGUGCUUCGUUUAGGCUGUAGUAGUGAUUGGAUCUUCAUGACUGAGAUACGCAGUGAGCCUAUGCUGGAGACAAGACAAGUCCUCUAUCUGUCCAUCUCGUUACCUCUCUGACUGGAAUUUACAAAUACAGCUAUUCGGAGGUCUAAACUGACGAACAAGCGUGAUGUUGAUAUUCCUAUAUUCAAGCUCAACUUUACACUUCCCAAACAAUGUUAAAGCUUGUCUGUCAUCAUCCUGCCCUGAUUAGGGCUCAAAUUCACAAAUCAUUCGGUCAUUAAACCCUAACUUGGCUACCACUGUCCCCUCCGUCUAUAUCUAACGAACCAUCGACCUGUCACUAUAUAGCCUACUGCACUUGUAUUUAUAUACUCAUGUGGCUCUUCGAGAGAUCCACAUCGCUAGGAUGUUUUCU